ACAACAAUCAGACAGCGGCGGCGUGCGGCCAUCGCUUCCGUCCACGGCGGCGGCGGCGGGAGGAGCCUCCUGCCCGGACGAGCCUCGCGACGCGCGCGUGGUGCGGGAGCUCCUCCGGUCGAUGGGGCUCGGCGAGGGCGAGUACGAGCCGCGCGUCGAGCACCAGUUCCUGGACCUAGCCUACCGCUACGUCGGGGACGUGCUCGGCGACGCCCAGGUCUACGCUGACCACGCAGCCAAGCCCCAGCUCGACGCCGACGACGUCCGCCUCGCCAUCCAGGCCAAGGUCAACUUCUCCUUCUCCCAGCCGCCGCCCCGCGAGGUUCUCCUUGAAUUGGCACGCAGCCGGAACAAGAUCCCGCUGCCCAAGUCUAUUGCGCCACCUGGCUCGAUUCCUCUGCCACCUGAGCAGGACACUUUGUUGAGCGAAAACUACCAGCUUCUACCCACACUGAAGCCACCAACUCAGACUGAAGAAGCGAAAGAUGACAACGAGGGAGCCGACGCAGUCCCUGCCAAUCCUAGUCCAAACUAUUCGCAGGAUCAGAGGGGCAGCGAGCAACAUCAGAGCCAGAGCCAGAGCCAGAGGGUUUCUUUCCAACUGAACGCGGUGGCUGCCGCGGCUGCAAAGCGUCCUCUAGUGACAAUUGAUCAGUUGAACAUGGGCUAA